GUAUUACAAUUGAAGAAUGAAAUCGGUUAGUUGGAUCCUAAAAAUCUUUAUAUACAGGACUUGUGCUGAAAGGGUAUUACUUACCAAAAUUCAAAUCUGCCUGCAUUAAAAGCGAGUAUUUAUUAGGAGUUACUUUAAUGAUAGUGAAAAGCAAAUAUAUAUCACAAUAGCAUACCUUAUUAAAAAAGCCACAAAAAUAGAUAUAUAUAGAGAUAUUAAUUGGUUGGUUAAGAAAUAAACUUAGGUUUUACAUCGUAAAAGCUACCAGGAGAGAAUGGUUGAUUAAUGUGCUCUAUUUUGUUUCCCCUAAUCGUUCGUAUUUCAAAUAACUCACCACAAAUCAGUUAAAAGGACUAACUUAAUAAGAUAUUAUAGUAUUUGUAUAUUUAUAUAUUUAAUGAAAGCAUAAAGGGUUAAAUACAUAAAUAUUUAGAUCAAAAAGAUUUCGUAUUUUAAAACUACAUUUGAGCAGCGCAUAGAAAAAAAAAUAAAGUAAAAUAAAAGAUCAAAUUCAGAAAAUAUAUACAUAAUACAUAAAAAGAAAUAAUCAAUGUAAAUUAAUUAUUGA